UUGAAAUUUGUUGAAUGGCAACAAAUAUCAUUCUUCUGUCGAACAUGGUGAUUUGAUUGUUGAAAGGUCUCGAAAAAUUCUUUUAUUAAUUAAUAACAUUAUUUCUUUGAAAAGUUAUGUUCAUCUCUUGGAAUUCCGGUUAUAAUAUAUUAAGCUCAAGUUCAACUAUCUGUUGACAAAGAAAAAUUUUCAUCAGAUGUGCUACAGUAAUUAUAGUUUUUUCCCAUGGCUACUUCAAGUAGUGGUCGACGCAGAGUCUCAGGCAAAUUAUAUGCUGCUGAAGAUCAGGCAUUCAGUCAAAUCGCAAAGGAGGCAGAUGAACAAAGUGAUAGACAAUUUGAACUUGCCAGUGAAGUUGCUCGCACUAAUCGACCUGUUGCGGAUGUGAGAACUCCAUCUUAUAUGUCAGGUGCAUCUUCUUACACUAGUUCAAGAAGAAGUAGUGAAGAUUCUACAGAUGCUCUUGAUUUGAAAGAAUUAAGAUCAUGUUUGAGUGGGAGAGAUUUAAAGAUUCAAAUCUCAGAUUUAGAAGAAAAGUUUCGAAAAGCCAUGAUUAGCAAUGCUCAGUUAGAUAAUGAAAAAUCUGCUUAUAUAUAUUCUGUAGAAACAUUAAAGGAUGAAAUUGAAGAAAUGACUGAAAAUCUUAAUGAGUCCAGAAAAGAAACUAGAGAAAAGAAACGGCUUUAUGACCAACUGAAAAGGGAUUUUGAAAAUUUGAAAGAAGAAAAUGAAUGUUUACUUUACAAUUUGAAGCAGAGAGAUCAAUUAAUAGAGGAUCAUGGGCUAGUUCUUGUGGGUGAAAAUGGAAUGAAUGGAGACAUUAGUGAAGAAUAUAUACACAAACCUUCUUCCAAUAAAAAGAGUAAGCAAUACUCCUCUGCAGCUUUGCUGUCUCAAAAAUCAGCUCAGCUUUUAGACCAAGUAGGAAAUGGUUCAUUAGAUGUUCGAUUAAAAAAGUUUAUUGAAGAAAAACAAGAAUUAUUAGAUGAAAUUUAUAGGUUAAGAUUGGAUUUAGAAGAAGAAAGGCAAAAAUUAUCAAAAAUGGAAAAUUCUGGUGUUAACCAUAAUCAUAUUAACGGGCCUGACACUAAAGUUCUAGAAGUACAACGUGAAGCCAACAAGCAAAUAAGUGAUUAUAAAUUUAGACUGAAGAAAGCAGAGCAAGAAAUUACUACUUUACAAAGCAAUAUUUCCAGGUUAGAAAGCCAAGUUAUUAGGUACAAAACUGCCACUGAAGAUGCUGAGAAAGUUGAGGAUGAUUUAAAAGCUGAAAAGCGAAAAAUACUGAGAGAGCUUAGGGAAGCUCAAUCUCGUAUUGAAGAAUUGGAAACUUCUAAUGCUCAUCUGCAAAAACGCAUUGAUAAACUAAAAUCUGCCCGCAAUGCCCUGAUCAAAAGUUAGCUUCAUCGAGCUUGUUAUACUUUGUAAAUGUUUGUAAAAAAUAACCCUUUUACUCGUUGUUGUGGGUAAAUAUAGUACUUGUACUUCCUGUCAUAAUAUGUUUAUCUGAAGAAAUUGUCUGAUUUCAAGGGUAAAGUUAUAGGGUGGUCAUUACUGUGAAAUAAUCUAACUUUAUGUAUAAAUUGCUGUACUUAUGCAUUCGUUGUUGUAAUUGUGUACAUGUAACACCUGUUAAUAUGUAAAGAAAAAAUUUUCAAAUUCACCUAAUUGUCCAAACUAAAUUCCUACAAAAUCAGUCCUUUUAUCAAGAAUAAUUUUUAUUAUUGUUUGAAACAAGUUUUUAAUUGCUAUUUUUUCUUUUCUAUUGUUAUUCCUAAAAAAUAGCAAUGCUAUAAAAAUUUUAAAGAAUAAAUCUAAUACUUUUUUUAGACAUUAUUGCUUUUGAUAAUUUUCUCUUAAUUUUUAUAUUGCUAUGCUACUUGAAUUGUAGGAAUGAAUAUGUAUUGUUUGUUAUUAUUAUUACUAUUUGAAACAUCUGAUUUUAAAACUUUUGUGAUAUCCACUAAUUAUAAUAUGAUUUUUGUUUGAGCCUAAAUCAUGUUUCCCGUCAUUGAUAUCAAUUGUGUAUUAUAUUUGGAUAUAAUUCAUUUUAAAGGAUUUUUAAAAAAAAAUUAUGCUGUGCUCUAAAUUGAAUCUGAUAUUGUAAAAAAAAUAAUCAUAACCUCUAUUUCCUUGCCUGUAUUUGGAUAAGUAUUAUUUGUUUUAGAUGUGCAUUAUUAUUGAAGGGCUUAAUAUAAUUUAGUGAUAAGCCACAUUCGUUACAAAUAUGUUUUUUAUAUCAGUUGUUCUUCUAUGGUAUUGUUUUUAGAUAGGUACUUAACAAGUUGCUGUAAUUUCUACUUAGAUCAUAAUACAGAAAAAAGAAUAAAAAACAAUUUGCCAUCAUGAAAUUCUUAUUUUUUUCCUUCAAAAAUACUGUCCUGAAAUGUGUUUGAAAAUGUGGCUUAUCAUUAUAUUUUCCCGAACCCUUCAAUUAAUGAGUGAUAUUAAUAUUGCGUUAGUUCCUCUGUUCCCAUUUGUAUCACUUAUUCGAUACAUCCCUUAAACUGUGAUGCUUUCUAUUUAAGUAUAGAAAUGUCUUUUUAUUUCCAUUUGUAAACAAGCCAUUUAGAUAACUAUAGUUUUAUACUUCUGAUUUUCAUAGGACCAAGACAUUGAACAUGUUGUAGUGUUUUCUUUAUGCUCUUAUUUUUUUUGCAUUUAUUAUUAAUUUUUAUUUCUUAAAAUACAAACAAUUUUUCAUUUGUAGAGUAGUAUGUUUUCUUCGAACUGUUAACUAAAGGAUUUGUGUGCUGUAUAAAUUUUUAGUAAUUCAUUACAGUUAGUACUUUUCUCAGGACGUUAAGUUGUUAAUCAUCUUAGCUGAAAUGUUAUAUCAUGUAGUUGAAACUGAUCAUAUACACCAAACCUACUUUAUAAACUAAAUAAUUUAAUUUAAUUAAAUUGUUAAUUAAUUGAUAAAUGCUGAAUAGUUACCAAACUUAUUCCAAAAAAGUCUUUUUUAUAAUAAUAGUGGGCGUCAACAUCUGGCAGUUGAUAUUUCAAUAUUUUUGCUUAGUUUAAUAAUCUUUUUAAAGGGAAAUUUUUUAUUUUCCCUUAACUUGCUAUACACUAUACAGAGAUUAAAAAAAAAAAAAAAACAUUAAUAUCUUGAAAUUUGCAUUACUUUGCUAACUUCAUUUUAGUCUGGUACAUAGUCGUGCAUACUUUAGUAUAUAAAUUGAUUUCAAAAAGGCCAAAUUAAAAAAUACAUACAUAAAAAUGAGUUUAUGAAAAUGAAACCUUUGAACAUCUUUUAUUUUCUGUCAUCUUUUAUUUAUAAAGUUUUGAGUUUAAAAGGAAAAAUGUUUGUUUUAUUUAUUCCUCUUAGAAAUACUUUUUCAAUUUCUUAGUUUCAAAAAUAAGUCCAUUCUCUUAGAAAGCAAAUUCGUUUUAAUACCUGCUGUUUAACGUGCGUCAUUUUCUGCUUAAUUUGACCAACUCAAAAUUGUUAAGUUAUUGAGUAUAUUUAUUAAUAGUUAAGUUGUGAGUCAUUACUUGAUUUAAAACUUAAUUCGUCUCACAAAAUAUACAAAUUUGAAAUGACAGUAUACAUGUUUCAAGCACUCAAAAAUAGACUCCCAUUUUCAAGACUCGCCAGACUUUCAUAUCUGGCAAGUAUAAAAAAUAGGAUUCUAUUUUUGAGCUCUUGAAACAUGUUAACUGUUAUUUCCAAUUUUUAUAUUUUUAAAACAAAUGAAGCUUUUAAUCAAGUAAAUCAUACCGUUUCAGUUUCUUAAGAUUAUUUAUUUAAUAUCAUUUACCAUUAUUAUUUUUAUGCAUUGUUCUGCAAUAAUUGAUGCCUAUUUUAUUAUAAACGUGUUUCUCUAUGCAGAUGAACUGUUUCUGAAUUCACUGUUUGAGUGAGUUCAAAUCUUUUAUUUAGUGGUUUAGUUUAAUCAUUGUGUAAGCAAAAUUUCAAUUGUUUUUUAUGUUUGAGAUGAUUAAACUAAGGUUGGAUAAACUUUCACUGAAAAAUAAACAAUUUUUAUUAGUAAAAAUACUUGAUUAAAAAAUAAUCAAAUAAUGAAAAUUACUUUGUUGUGGUGAUAUGAUCAGUAUUCAAAUUUAUUUCAUCUCACAAUAUGAAAUACUCAUUGCUUUUAAAACAAGUCAUUUAAUUAUUCAAUCCAUCUUAUUAUACAUCAAGUGCCAUUUUACUUUAUUUCUGUUUUUAGUAUGGGUGCUGUGCUUCCAUACAUUAUACUCAUUUCUAUUUUAGUAAACUAUGUAUAGUUCUAUCUCUGUUGAACAGAGUUUACUCGUUGAGCAUUUAGCUGUUGAUAUCUAUUUUCAAAUGAAAUGCUUCUUUUCCAUUUUUUCUUUCUUUCAUAUUACCUAUACACAUUCUAUAAGUUUAAAUAAAAUAAACUUUAGUAGAAAAUAUGCAAUUUUCUACUACCCAGUGCCUAGUGGGAAUUGUGUACAUUCCCUACAUUUUAUAAAACUUUUGCAAUUUUUUAUGGUAUUUAAAGAUGUAAAUAGCGUUCGGGGUUAUAGGUGGCAAAAAUUAAGUUUAUACGUUUUUAACAUUCUUUGUUUACAACACAUUGCUUUUUGGUAAAGGACUGCAGAUGAGCCUUCAUGUGUUGUUGCAAAUAACUUUUACAAUGAGUGUUUGCUUUUAUAUUUCUUGCACUAACUGCUUCACUUAAAAUGUUUGUAAUGAUUUAGACAAUGUUUUAUACAAGUUAUUCUAAAUUGUGUUUUAAAACAAAUAAUUUUUAUUUAUCAAUAUUUUGGCAAUAAAUAAUGAACUGUUUUCUAGUUAGAUACAAAAAAAGUAGUAGUCUCAGAUAUAAAUGACACAUCUAAGCGAUUUUUCAUUCAAAUGUGUACAUUUGUUUCACAAAUUAUUCAAAUGACUGCUUUUAAAAUUCACACUUUCUUUAAAUCUUACGAUGCUACAAAAUUUUGUCGUAAAGAAAUAAAUUUAAUGACAAAUUCUUCUUCCUGUCUGAAAAUAAGUUAUCUUGCAAAUUGUACUUAGUUUUCAAUUGUAAGUACUAGUAAAAUAUUUUUUUUAGUUAUUCUUUCAAUUGAAAUAUUUUUAGUUAAAAUAAUAUUGUUACGCAGUUGCACUGUAGGAUUAGUUUAUCGAAUGUCUUAAAUAGUUUCGUGGCAUAAUUUGCAUCAUAGAAAAAUAAUAAAUACUAUUAUGUUUAAGAUUUCAUUAGCACUGAUAAAUACAUUCCUUGAGAUAAAAGAUUUAUGCGGUCAGUUUCAAUUUUAAACAUUUAAAGAACUAAUUUACUUUAACCUGCUUUUUUGAAAACUUAAGUUUCUGUUUUAAAAUAUAAAAAUAUACUUUAUAUGCUUUUGUCGAUAUAACAAGGAAUAAAUAUGAAUGUGUUACUCUCUAAAAAACGAUCUAAAGUAAACUGAUUUGUUGUAGGUGCCUCUUUGCAAAAUUUUUGUGUUAUAUUUGCUUACAUAAAAUUAAAAAAUAGGUUUUGUUAAAAAAAAAACUUUAAAUAUUGAAAUUUCAUUAUAUUUUCUAUCCAAAAAAAUAAAUAUAUAUCCCCCCAAUCUAAUCCCCUUUCUAAAAAUAUAUGUGUAUAUAUUAAAAAUAAUUGCAUUUGAAACUUAACUUUAUAACUAUUGCAGUAAGUAUAUGAAAUUUAUUAUUUUAAUAUCUUCACCCAUGAAAAAUUUUAUCAUAAACUCCAAGUUAUUAAAAUUUUCACAUGAAAUCUAAUAUCAUUCAUUUUACAUCUUUGUCAUAUAAUUAAUUAAUUUGAGGUGGUUUAGUUGAAAGUAAUAAUUAAUUGUCAGACGAAGAAAAGAAGUGGCAUUGUUAGUAAAUUUAAAAUAUAGACAAGAAUAGUUAGUUCAUUGUAUAUUUACUAUGUAAUGUUAUUGGUUAAUUUAUUAUAUGUCCGGUUGACAAAUCUAGUUUUAUGUUGUGUAUAUAGUUCUUGUACAAUUUUUGUAGCUGAGCUGCUUGUAUGUACGGUACUACUACCAAGGUUUCUUACUUUGUAAUAUGUACCUGUAUAAUUUUAUAAAAUAAAAUUUUUUUCAUACAUCAA